AACACGGCUUGACACACACCAUACUGGGGCAGCGCCUAUAGACAGGGCUUACUUCUGUGUAGGCAUAGAUUCGGUGCUAAUGUUAUGGAUCUUGUGUUGUGCAGCGAUAACUACAUGUACUUGACACUGACCCCUACAGAAACAUGCAGCUAUUUCAGUCGUAGUACACGAGGCGGCAGUCAUGAGAAAUACAAGAAGGCUGUACUUUCAUUUUCGUAUUCUGCCAAGUCUUUUCGCACUUCCAUCAACCUUUGGUGAAAACCACAGGAAAUAGUGGGAUGCUGCUGGAUUGGUGUGACAAGUUCAUGACCUUCAGAGGAUAGCAUAUCCUGAAUUCUUCAACCCCUGUGAGUGUUAUACUUAAGAUGGCAUCAGUCAAAGGGAAACCACGGAGAAGAUUGAGCUCAGACAUUCCACCUAACAUGAGCAGAGAAACACCACUGAGGAUGCUGGUCUUUGGCAACUGUGAUCAGGUCUCACUGACGCAGUCUGUGUUGGGGCAAGACGUCUUUACCGGAGAUGAAGUCAAUAUUUCAGCUACCAAGAAAAGUUCAGGAUUUGUGCAGGAGAGAAACAUAACCCUAGUCAACACACCAAAUCUUCAGAAUAAUGACUUGCCGGACAGUAUACUUCAUAAGGAGUUCAGGAAGGCAGUUUGUUUCUCAUGUCCAGGUCCUCAUGCUAUGGUGUUCGUUGUAGACCCAUUUCACUUGACCUCUGACACUAUGGACAUACUGAAGCCUAUGGUACACUACUUUGGGGAACGUGUCUUGAAGCACACAUUGAUUGUUUUAUACCAUGAGCGAGGCAUGAAAACUCUGUCCAUAGAGGACGUGGUAAAAAAGAAUAAGAGCUUUAGAGAGCUUGCUGAGAAAUGUAGUCAGAACUACAUCUUCUACAAUGAAGAAAUAAACCGGACUGAGAGUAGCCAGACAAAAACAUUGCUUGACAAGGUGGAUGAGAUGGUCUCGGAGCAUGGAAUGUUUUCAAACAUGGAAUUUAAGGAUGCCGAAAAAAGAAUUCAGAUAGAGGAGCGUUUCAUCAGAAAAUCAAAGGAGAAAGAGAUCAGGGGGACAUUGAAGGCGCUGGAGAACCAACAUUCAGGAGAAGCUCUUGCCAGUGAGAUCCUGAAGUAUGAAGAAAAGAUACAGUUGGAGUGCAGAGAGAAAGCAGAGCUGGUUGUUGCAGACAAGCUUGGCUUUACUGUUAGAGUUGUUGAUUAUGCCGUUGCAAUGGGAAAAGGAGCGUUUGUUGGUGCAUUUCUGGGAUUUGCAGUAGGAUAUGAAGGUAUGGCAGUGGGAGCUGCUGUUGGUGCUGGUCUUGGUGCUGUGUUUGGAGGUGCAGCUAAUGCAGCAUGGAGCUACAUUUACAAAUCCUUCACAGAUGCCCAUUAAGGGUGUGACAAUAAAUCGUCGUGCAUCGUAGACAUGUGCCGGCAUUUGGUAAUGCGAUAUAUCAAGAUAAUGAAUAUGCACGGCAUUGUUAUUGUGGGCACUUUAAAAUACCAAGAAUAAUUAUUUAUUACAAAUUAUUCACAAUUUUGAAUGCAUUUAGGCUAAGCAAUAUUUUGAUUAGUGUGUUUUUGUACUGGUACCUUGGCUGGUUUGGGCUUGUUAUGAAUAAAUAAACAUGACACUAAAACCACCAGAUGGUGGUGGUAAAUCCCUUCUUUGAAUCAUUCAUUCAAACAAUUUGUUCAAAAUGGCUGGUUUAUUUAGAAAUGAGCCAUGUAGCUGCUUGUCUUAAUGAUUCAUUCAAAAACAGAUUCAUUCAGGAACUAAACACUGCAGUGUUGCUUUGAGACACACAAAUGUUCUGCUCCAGCUUUGUUUGGAAAUGGUUGUGUUGGUGAAACAGAGGGGGAAAAAAUACAAUAUUGUGUCUAAAAUUUCACUCAAUAUUAACUUCUUGUUUUUGUGAACUGUUGUAUGAAGUUAAUAGGAACAAAGUUGGAUAAUAUUAAUAUAUAUAAUAUUAAUAGGAAUUGGAAGUUAAUAGGAUCACACUCGAGCACUAAUAUUCAUGAAAAUGGCACUCUUGCUUAUCUGAUUUUACAUCAUAUUGUGUAAAUAUAAAUGACGUAAUAUUAAAUAUAAAUAACAACCCAUAUAGGGCUAUUUUUUUGCCCUCAUAACUCAUAGGGGCUUUUUUUUUUCAUUGUAAUAGACUGCAUCAUGCAGUGAAUGCUUUUGGACUUUCAAGGUGUGUUUUUGUUUGUUUUUUGCAGAAUAACUUAUAAUGUGAGCUCACAUAUCAUUAAAACAACAAUUAUGAUAUUAACGUACACAAUAAAUUUUGCACAUCUCUACCUCCCACUAAUCAUCUAAUGCAUAUUGCAAUUAGAAGCUGAUUUGGUUGGCUUUAAACAUUGUCUGGAAGUAAAGAAAGUUUUUUUUGUUUGUUUUUUUUAAAAUCCACAAUGAUACAAUGAGGGUUUCUGAGGAUGAAGUAGGCUAGUCACUACAUUUGCCAAUGUUUGUCAUGGCUUUGUGGGCAGCUACUGAGUUCCAGUCCCAAUUUAAGGUCCUUUCCUUAUCCUUUUCCUAUUAAAAAAAAAAAUCCCUUUUUUUCCACUCAAUUAGCAAAGCACAAACUAUAAAAACAUAUUUUAACUUAAUUUGUAUUCAAAUCAUAUAAAGAUAGUAAAGCUAUUUAUAAAUUAUGAUGUGUAAUCACCAAUCAAUCUGCAAUGCUAUAAAAGUGUUCUGACUCAAUAAUCUUUACAGCUGCCACAUCUUACUGUGAUAUCUAUAUAUAGCCAUUAUUUUGUAAUCGAAAUGGAAAUCAUUAUUGCUGGUCUUCAACAAUAAAAGCAAGUCAUUUUAAUGCAUUUACAUAAAAAAAUAAAAUAAAAUGAUAAGGAUUUAUGCUGAUAUUGCCCUAUAGAGCAUAUCUAAUCUUUUGGAGGGCACUGUGUGAAUGUAUUUUUAAUACAUUUUAAACUAAAUAUGUUUGUACAAAGAUAUUUUAUAUGAGAUGUUGUUUAUUUGUAAAAAUAAAUACAUAAUCUAUUUAGUUGUAUGAAAUUUGUUGUAUAAAGCUGUACAUUUGAUAUGUUGUCUAAAUUGCAGUAAUAAAACCUACUGCAACGC